AUGGGACGUACACAAGUAGCAGUUGGUUGUGCCGUUGGUAUUCCAAUUGGUGUUGGUAUUAUUAUUUCUUUAAUCUUUUGGGUACGUUUACAACGUAGAUUUAAAAAAGAAAUGGAAGAUGAUAAAGAAUUAGAACAUGCCAUUUAUGAUGAAUCAGGUUUUAUAUCUUUUGAUAAUUUUGAUUCUUUAAAACAUGAACAGAUUAAUGAAUCUCAGAGAGAUUUAUCAAGAACUUCUGAUACUACUAAUACAACAGAUCAAGAAUCUAUUACACAUCCAAGACGUAAUCAAAAUAGUAACGUUUAUAUUCCCGCAUACAGAAAAAGAAUUAAUUCAAUGCAAGCAAGAUCAAUAAGAAUAAGUUCAUUUAAUAAUAAUAUGUCAGAAACAAAUUCAAGUGAUUUAGGUCCACAUAACAACAACAACAACAAUAAUAAUAAUAUACAUAAUAAUAGUUCAAUGACAUCAUUAUCUGAAUUACCUCCACAACAUACUUAUAAACAAACUUCACAAUUACAUUCAAGUGUUUAUGAUCAAAUGGUACCAAUGGUUGAAUCCUUAAAUAAUGAAACUUAUUUCACUAAACCAAGAGAUCCAUCAACAAAUAAUAUGAUUUCAACAACAACUUUACAAUCAUCAACAGAAAAUUUGCAUAAUUCUAAUAGCUUCUUAAUAAAUGGUAAUUCAAUGGAUCAACAUAAUAAAUCACAAUUGAAAAAUUUAUAUCAUAAUAGUGAUUUAGAUUUAGGUUCAUAUUAUCCACGUCAUCCAUCUUCAUCUGCUACAAAUGGAAAUAAUCAAGGUGAUAUUUCAAGCAACAUUAUUGGAAAUAGUACCGAUUAUACUAAUACAUAUGGUUCUCCAUCUAUUGCAAGUCAUAUGUUUUCGGGACGUUCAAAUAAUACUGGAUCUCCUAGGACAAGAAAUCUUCAAAAUCAAAACAAUAAUAUUUUUGCAACGCCAACAACGGAAAGAUCUGCAUUUGAUUUCCCUUCAUCAAUUGACAAUGGAAGUAUAGAACAAAGACAUACACAUCAUUUACAUAAUAGAAGUCGAAGUCAAAAUAAUGUUGAUUUGAAUGGUGUAAAUAGUACCACGACGGGUAAUUUACCUUAUGAUCAACAUAGUUCAGAUUCUGAUAGUAAUAGUACAAAUGAAAACUUACAACAGCCACAAAAUGCUUAUAAGUUACAAAAUAAUUAUGAUGUUCAAAAUAAUAAUGAAAUAGAAGAAGAAGAUCAAUAUGAAAAUGAAUUUACAAAUUAUACAGAAAAUAGAAGACAAUUUAUUAACAGUAUGAGACCGCACUAA